UUGUGGCAGUGAUCCACAAAGAAAUGAAUGGCGUGUUUUAUUGCAAUCAAGAAGAAAACGAUCCGCAGAAGAAAAAUAUAAAUUAUAACUUUCAAUUUCACCCAGGGUUAGGCCGGUGUUAACGCACUCUCCGCAUCAUUGAAUGUACAUUUGCAGCGCAGUGAAAUUAACUUUUGAUGCUCUUGAUCAUGAGCUUCUUUGCAUUAUUACCUCGAGGACGUUGGUCUUUCAAAGUUGAUCGAUAAGCAAACGGUGGCAUUUCGUGCCAUCAACUGGCUGCUUAUCUUUAGUUGUAAAGUUGUUAGCUUAGAGUGUGGUAAGUGUAUAAAAUGCAUUCGGCAACUUCUGUAGGAAUUUGCGGUGGUCUGCUGCUGGUAAUGUACAAUCUGGGCUAUGCUAGAGCUACAGUUGUAACCAGCGUUAACUAUGUGUUCGAAGGCUUCAGUCCAUAUGCGACCUUGCGAUUUUUUGAAUUCAACGAUAAAGGUUGGAAUAUAAGUGAAAACUGUUUGCGUGACAUGUACAAUUUUUUGGAAGGGCUUCGGCGCGGAUAUCUGUGGGCUGUGAAGUUGUACGAUGCGACGGCUUACUACGCCGGAGGAGCUUUGGGUGGAGCAUCAAAGGUGCGGAUACACAACCCAAACAUUUGUCGUUCCCUACUGCAUCAGUAUAAGGAUCAGGUACAACACGCUUCUUGGAGUUUUAUUUCAAACGAAACUAUUGUGCCAUUCGCCGUACAAGUUGUUGUGGGUCACUACUUGUUGGACAUUGUAUACGGAGGUGGAUUCAAGAGUGAGAAAAUAGAGCAGCUCAUCUGUUUUCCAACUUCUUGCAAUAAUGGAGACUUGCAGCAGAUUUUAGAGGUGUAUCUCUUUCAAAGCAAUCACGUUGUGAGGAACAGUACAUAUCUGAGGCAUCGAGUACUAAGUGAUGUAUACAGCAUUCGCAAUGACACCGAUUCAUAUAUUUUAAUCACAUUCGUUUGCAGUUCUUUUUUCGUGUAUGCUUUGUUUUUUGUUCUGCGCAGUUACCACUCGUUUAUCAACUACUCCGAUUCCAGCAAUGAAGCCUUUCGAAACAAUUUUGGAUUCGUUGUGGAUUACAAAAAUUCUCUAUUGAGAAAUAUGAAACGCUUUGCCCGAAAGACCACAACAGACACUGGUACUGUUGACAUCAAAUUUAGAAACAAUUUGCCGCAAAUUCUAACAAAGCCACGAUCACAUAAGUUGGACGAUAUUCUUAACGCUGUUUCGCCACACAAUGUUCUUUACAAGUUAUUCGUUGGAGAUGUAUCACCACAGUCUAUUAUCUAUGUCAUAUUUACAAUACUCCUUAUCCAUGAAUAUUUGGACACACAAAUAAAAGCAGUUUCCAGUAACAUUGAACCUAAGUAUGGAACGUCAGUGCCAAAAGUCCCUGCUUUGCAUUACGCCAGUUUCCUGAUUGAUAUUUAUUUUUUUGUAAAUGGUUCGAAAUUGGCUUCAGAGUUUCUACAAAAGUUUCCUACCGAAAAAUACCAAGUUUCUCAGCAAAUGAUAUUCGUACUGAAGCUAACUCUUCAGAAAGCUUUGUCAUGUUCUGCAAGUGGGCCUUAUUGUUUUGCGCUAAAAUACAACAAUGUGUGUGAAAUUCGUUGUCAUUGUUUUUCUUUAUUUGCUUGUGCCGAUGGAAAAAUUAGAGCGAUAUUUAUGUGCACGGGAGGAGUGCUAUAAGCAACUGCAGCCAAUCUUCUUCACCAAAUCUUUUUCCGUUUUUCAAUUAGUCUGUUCCAAUAGCAGUCCGGUUUACAGGAUUUAGUCAGAACUUACAGGAAGUCGUUCCU